AUGACCUCAAAAGUGUUAUUCAUUGGAUCAUACACAGAGCCUCCGUAUGCUCCAGAGAAAAUCGAUCAUGGUUUAUAUGUUUUGAAGUUGGAUGGCGAGAAAUUGAGCAUAAUUGGCAAGAAGGAUGUGAAGAACAUUUCUUGGUUUUUGAAGGACAAGACUGGUACUAAGUUGUACGCUUUGACAGAAGCUAAGGCUCCGCUCAGUGCUUUGCAUCGAUUUGACAUUGAUCGGUAUGGGUUUUUGGGUAUUUUGGUGCUGUUUGUGGGAUCUUUUAAAGCAAUAUAGGUUUCAAAAAAUAAGUUUAUACUUUUUUUCAACUAUCUUUAUAAUUAACAUUCCUAUUUAUUGCGAUUUUACUUAAUUUCCGAGCAAAAGUUACCUUAUUAUAGAUCAAAUGGAGAGCUCCAUCACCACAAAACAGUCAACUUCGACGAGCCUGGAGCCUGUUAUCUCAGUAGCUUACGUGAAGAUGAUAUAAAUUUGCUGGCGAUUGCUUUCUACGAUGGCGGUGUGGUAAGGACGGUCUGUGAAGAUGAUGCAGGACAUCUACAUCCUCAUCCCCCGGUCGUAUUUGAAGAUGUAAGCGGAGUGAUUGCGGAUCGUCAGGAAGCACCACAUCCACAUUCUGUAUUUCCACUGGAAUCUGGAGAUGAGUUUUUGGUUGCUGAUCUUGGGGCUGAUGCUUUGUAUAAGGUAAGGUGUGGGAUGUUUGUAGUAGGAGCCAAGGGUUAUUUUUUGUUAUAAGCGAAAAUAAUUAUGGUAAAAUACGAACAAAGUAAAAUAAUAAAUUUAAAAGUAUUAUGACAUAAUAUUUUUUAUAGACUUCUGUUUAUGUUUUUUUAUUUUUUAGGUAACAAGUUUUGAUUUUUGAGUAAAUAUUUUAUGUUUAGGUAGCAAUAUUGUAAUUAUUUUGUUAAUUAUUGCACUUUUAGUUAAGAUGUCAUGAAAACAAGUCUAGAAUCAUGCAUAAAAUAAAGUUACCGCCAGGAAAUGGGCCUCGACAUGUGCUAAAACAUCCAAAAUACGAUCUUCUGUUUGUACUAAACGAGCUGGCUAACACAUUGGUUGUAUACGAAAGUGAUGGACUUUACACAGUAGGUUUAUUAUAUAAAUUGAGCAAGUUUAAUAUCAUCGGAUAUAAGUAUUUAUUGUUGUAUAAAGGUUUUUAUAGGCAACAUUAAGGGUUUUUGUCUUUACCUUGGUAUUACUUAUAAGGAGUGUUUACUAUGUUUUAUAAGGGGUUUUACCAUGGCUAUAACACUACUAAUAUUUUGUAAGCUUUUCAUGACAUAAAAUUUUAGCAACUAACAAAAACAGAUGAAAAAUCAGCCCUUGGUAACCUAGAGCACAGCUACAAGGUCCCAGACGACCCGAUCCAGUGUGCUGCACACCUUCAAAUCUCCGACAAUGGUGAAUAUGUGUUAGUAUCGAAUCGAGGACGACACAACAGUAUCACCGUGUUCAGGAUUGUAAACCCGAGAGAGGGAAAGCUGGAACUGGUGGAGACAUUCUCGAGUGAUGGACAUUUCCCACGCUUUUUCCAAUUAAUCGACGAUAAGUAUGUGGUGGUGGCGAAUCAACUCUCCAACAACAUCAAGUUGUUCAGGUUCAAUGAAGGGGUGUUGGAGGGGCCGAUUCAUGAAAUCGAAGUCCCGAAUCCGGCUGCUAUUUGUGUACUGUAA